AUGGCUGACCGUCGCGCAUCCGAGGGCGAGACUCGCAAAUCCGAGGGCGAGACUCGCAAGUCUGAGGCGGGCAGGGCACUGGGUCUUGCGGAGCCGAUCCAACACGAGCGGGCUGUCGAGAAACCGGAAGUAUCUGAGAAGGAGGACAAUGAUAUUCCGCUUCCGCUGCCGCACACGACCAGAAGUGCCAAGGACUCCCAGCGCGAAGCCAAAUUCUCGAGCUACAGCCAGGGAUCGAUCACCCGAGCCUCCAAGGCGCUGAUUGCCCAGCUCAGAGGCAAGAGCGAAGAUGAAGAGACUGAGAAACUGAUAUCCACCAAGAAGCCCAAGAAGGGCGCGUCGGCAAACAUAUCCCCCAAGGUUAUCCAGAAGGCGGCCGAGAUUACGGAGCAUCUCAAGAACACCGAGGAGUUGGCAAAGUCGCUGCGAUCGCAGGUCCACCGUGAGAAGCCAUCGAGAUCCGGGGGACUGUCGCAAGCUGCCGCAGAGGAGGCCUUGGAGAAGUUUGGGCCCAACUCCAUCACGCCACCCAAGCCCAAACCCUUUAUCAUCAAGUUCCUAGAAUGCCUCGCAAAUCUCUUCAACAUCCUCCUCGUGGCAGCAGGCGGAGGCAACAUCGUUAUGUAUUUGCUCAACACGGACGAGAACACUGUGAAUUUCUAUAUUGGAAUCAUCCUGAUGGUGGUGUCGAUCUUGAAUGCCGGAAUCGAGCUCUACGAACUUCACAAAAUAUCGACAAUCCUCAAGUCAUUCUCGUCUAUGGUCGAGCCAAGCGCCACGAUUCAGCGCGACGGAAAGAAGCAGAGCGUGCGAACCGAAGAUUUGGUCCCGGGCGAUGUGCUUCAUCUCGGCUUUGGCGACAAGGUGCCGGCGGAUUGUGUACUCUUUUGGGCCAGUGACUUUCGGGUCGACAACUCUUCCAUCACAGGGGAGUCUGAUCCACAAGAGCGGCUGUCGACCGUAUCCGAGGCCGGCACGCUUCCGCUGGAUGCCGUGAAUCUUGUGUUCAGCGGUACCGUUGUAAUUUCAGGCGAAGCAUACGGCAUUGUCAUUCGAACUGGGGACCAAACCGUGAUCGGACAGAUAGCCGGCCUAACAAAGAUUGGAAAGAAACGCAAGUCCCCCCUGACCGACGAGAUCCAGCGAUUCUGCAAAAUGAUAUCGGUGCUGGCGAGCAUGACGGCCAUUGUGUUCUUCGUCGCCUGCCUGGCCCAGGGCCGCAGCUUCGACUAUGCGUUGCAGUUUGCCAUCGGCAUCUUGGUGGCCUGGAUUCCACAGGGGCUGCCAGUGACGGUGACGAUGCUCCUGACGAUCGCCGGCAGGAGGAUGGCGGAGCAGAAGGUCUUGGUCAAGGACUUGACCGGUGUCGAGACUCUAGGGUCGAUCACGAUGCUGGCCACCGACAAGACUGGCACCCUCACAAAGAACCAAAUGGAGGUCGCCAACAUCUGGACCAACAACUACAUGUGGUAUGCCGGCUCGGGUGGAGCCAACGACUGCCCCUUGGGCGAGCGCAUCCUCAAGAUGGAUGCCAGCGGCAUCGUGCCGAUGCUGCAUAUCGUUUCGACCUGCACAAGGGCCAAGUAUCGCUCGGCAACGAAAUCCAACGAAGAAACUGUCGAGGUUGGUGAUGCUACCGAUCUCGGUCUCCUGAGAUACGCAGCCUCUCGCCUCCUGAACUUCAACAAGCUCAAGGACCUGUACCCCAAGAUGUUUGAGAUCCCCUUCAGCUCCGACACCAAGAUGCAUCUCUCGAUCCACCGCAAGUCCCACAAGGAAGGUGGCCUGACCCUCUUUGUAAAGGGAGCCCCCGAGCGAGUCUUGGCGAUUUGCAGCCACAUCCUCAUCGAUAACAAAAGCAUCCCCUUGGACGAAAAGUACAAGAGCUCCUUUGAUGCGGCAUACCUUCACAUGGCGUCUAAGGGCCACCGCGUCCUCGCAUGCGCACAGCUGUUGCUCCCUGGCAUCAAGUAUCCGGACAACUACAUAUUUUGCAACGAAAAGCGCAACUGGCCAAUGGACAGCUUGUGUUUCGUUGGCUUGAUCAGUCUCGAGGAUCCACCCAAGCAUGGCGUCCGAGAAGCAAUUGGGCAGAUGCGCACGGCAGGAAUUAAGGUUGUUAUGAUCACGGGCGAUCAUCCGCUCACAGCCGAGACAAUCGGACGCCGGAUCAAUCUCGUAACGGGCGAUACUCGCGAGUCGUUGGCCAAAGAGCGCGGCUGCUCGGUCCGCGAGAUUGACGAUUCCGAGUACGACUCGAUCGUGGUGCACGGCCAAGAUAUUCGAAACUUUGACGACCACCAGUGGGAGAAGAUCUUCAGCAAGGAUGAGAUCAUCUUUGCGCGCACGAGUCCUCAGCAAAAGCUGGAGAUUGUCACGCGGGCCCAAGCGCUGGGCCACAUCGUGGGCGUGACGGGCGACGGAGUCAACGACGCAUCCGCCCUCAAGAAAGCGGACCUCGGCAUUGCCAUGAACAAGACGGGAUCGGACAUUUCCAAGGAAGUCUCUGGCAUGAUCUUGCUGGACGACAACUUUGCAUCGAUCGUGACGGGGAUCCGCGAAGGACGACUCAUCUUCAUGAACUUGAAAAAGUGCAUCACCUACUCGCUCACACACAUCAUGCCCGAAGUCAUCCCGUAUCUUGUCUACGUCCUCGUGCCGCUGCCUCUGGCGCUGAUGGCGCCGCAGAUCCUUGCCGUCGAUCUGGGCUUUGAGAUCUUCACGUCGCUGAGCUUCGCCUGGGAAGUCCCCGAGAACCCUGAGAUCCUGAUGAAGAUGGCGCCGCGACGACCAGUGUCGACGCUCUGCUCGGCUUCUACCGUCUACGAAGGACACCACGACAUUGAGAACCCCGACGACGACGAUCGUGUGGACGCCAACGCCAAGCUGCAGUCUAGAUGGCGAGGAUACGUCGAAGAGGCGCGCGAGAUCCUUACCAAGCCUCGAUACCACAUGGAUGCUCUGCGCGAAUGGAUGGAGAUCUUGCGAAAGCCGACGGGCGAGCGACUCGUGGACCUGGAAGUCCUCUGCUGGUCCUACGUCGAAGGCGGGUUUCUAGAGUGCGGCGGGGCAUUUCUAGCGUACGCGCUGGUGUUUUAUGAGUACUUUGGGAUAUCCCUCCACGAUGCUCGCGUGGCCCAGAAGACCGGAAUGUACUUCAAGCCGCAUUCGCCCAACAUGCAACUGGAGAACGGAUCGAGUUUGCCGAGCGACGUCCAAACCCAGGCACUCCGACAGGCACAGUCGGCGUAUUAUCUGUCGGUGCUCAUCAUCCAGAUCUGGAAUCUCUUUGCGUGCAAGGCUCGACUCCGUAUACCGUUCGGCAAGUUCAUGUUUGAGAACCCCAAGACUUGGUUGGCAGUCGUGUUUGGAACGUCGUUCGCGUUCUUUAUUGUCUACGUUCCGUUUAUGAACACGGUGUUCCUGACAUCGUCGCAGCUGGAUCCAAUGAUCUUGGGAGUCCCGAUGGCGUUCGGGGCGUUCAUCUUUGGGUACUCGGUGGCGCGCCGACUGGUACUCCAGAAAAUCAAUCCCGAGAAAUUCAACCCGGAGCUGGGCAGGCUCAACAUGGCGACCUCUGAAUGGUCGCUGGGACCAUCCGUAGAUGCAGGGACUGCCAAAGCGAUUCCGCUCCCCAAGGCCUGAGCAGGCCAAUGGAGUGGUCGUGUCGAUGGGGCGGUCAUGUCUGUGGAAUAGUAGCAUGUCGAAGGCAAUGGUGCAGUUCCCCUCAGCGCGCCAGAUCGGUGCCCAGGGUUCCAUGGCCAUGCAUGUGUCCGGC